UUUCUUUUUUUCACUUUUUUUCCUGGCCAGCACCAUGACCAGGAGAAAGGUGAAACUUGCAUACAUAGUCAAUGACUCUGCAAGGAAGGCAACUUACAAGAAAAGGAAGAAAGGUUUGAUCAAGAAGGUGGAUGAACUAAGCACCCUUUGUGGAAUUGAAGCAUGUGCUAUAAUUUAUAGCUCCUUCGAACCUCAACCUGUGGUUUGGCCAUCCCCACCUGGGGUUCAAAAGGCGUUGGAAAGGUUGAAGACAAUGCCUGAAUUGGAGCAGAGCAAGAAGAUGGUGAACCAGGAGACUUUCACAAGACAGAUGAUCCUAAAGGCAAAAGACCAAGUGAUGAAACAGAGGAAGGAAAACAGGGAGAAAGAGAUGAACUUGCACAUGUAUAGGUGCAUCAAUGCAGGGAAGGUUCAACUCAACAUGAACAUGAAUGAUCGGAAUGAUCUUGCAUGGGUGAUUGAUCAAAAUUUGAAGGAGGUCGACCGAGCUUUGGAAAAAAUGAAUAAGACUGUGAUCCACCAGGGUCAAUCUUCAGUCUUAGUCGGUGAAAGUUCAAUCCAACCUCAAAUGGCACUAGCACCAGCACUUGCAGUUGCCAAAACUGAAGAAAUGACCAUGGUGAAUGAUGUCCAUGAGCUGGUCACGGAUAAUUCUGACGCCAUGCAGAGGCAAUGGUAUAUGAAUUUGAUCAAUGAUAAUUAUGGGAAUGAGACAGUGCCAUUAUUUGGAGAUGUUAAUCUCCAAAAUGGAUUAUUUUGGCCCCACCCAUAAUCUCGAGAAAAUUAUGAUGUGCCUCUUUGCAAGGCAUGCAUGAUCUCUCCCAAUCCAGUUUUAUGAUUUUUGUUUUUACUGUUUUUGCUGGGUAAAUGUGAAGACACAAUAUUAAGCCAUUAUGGCAUAGUAGUCUUCACAUUUUUAUUUCAUUUAUGCAAAUAAUACAUCAU